AUGUUCGAAUUUACGAGAUUCACUUCCCCAAAGACCGCAACUGCCUGGAGCGGCGCUGGUAUCGGAAAACCAUUUGGACUUACACUCUCAACCUUUGUGCACUCCAUCGUCACUCUCGUCGUCUCUAUAAUCAUCAACAUCACAGAUGCAAACGAGCCAGGAAAUGAUUACGGCGAAGGGACGGGAUGGGUAGUCAUGAUUCCCGGACCCGCUAUAGUCUUUCUAUGGUCCAUCAUCUUCAUGUUUGUUUGCAAAUAUUCCUACUUCUCACCAGCUCUCGCCUUGGGAACAUACCUCAUCUUCGCCAUUGGUGUAAUCGCCGAAGGAAUCGUGACGGCUUUGCUUUACGAAUGGCAUGAUAUUGCAUGGCUCCCUGCAAUCUUCAUCAUUACUCUCGGAUUGAACUGUGCCGUAUUUUUCGUUUACAGCUGUAUUGCCAUUCACAGGAAGAGCCAUGCUAAAGACAUCGCGCUCGAUACUGCCUGA